GAUGUGGACGAUCUCUAUCAUUCUGACUGUACUAGCAACCGGGUUGAAUACGCUAUACACUUUGCGAAAACCAUCUGUCACCAUCACCUCAGCCGUCGUUCAAUUGGUAGCGUUCCCGAUAGGUAGAGCAUGGGAGAAGCUGCUGCCGGAUUGGACCUUUUCAGUCUUUGGGAGGAAGCUACGACUCAAUCCAGGCCCCUUUAAUGAAAAAGUAACAAUCCAUAUUAUGAGUAAUCUCAGCUACUCAACGCGCCUGAGUGCAGACACCCUUACCGAACAGGAGAUGUUCUUUGGCCUUAAAGUAGGAGUGGGCUUUCAGAUACUCAUCACUCUAGGCACCAUAUUGACUGGCUUCACUCUUGCUGGACUAGCGCGAUCUCUUAUAGUCGAGCCAGAGAACUUGGUAUGGCCAGGAGUCCUUGCCAAUACAGCUUUAAAUCAGACUCUACAUCACAAAAACAAGCCUGAAGAUGGGAGGUCAGUCAAGGCCACUGCCUCGUGUUCAUUAACAAGGUUACUUACAUCUACUAAANGCACCUGGCAAAUUUCUCGUUAUGCCUUCUUUAUGGUUGUCUUCGCUGCCUCAUUCUUCUGGUAUUGGUUCCCCGAUUUCAUCUUUCCUGCAGUAGGAUAUUUCACUUUUCUCUGUUGGAUAUGGCCGAAAAACGCAGUUGUCAAUCAGUUGUUCGGUAUGUCAAGUGGGCUAGGAAUCGUCCCUUUGACGUUAGAUUGUAAGCACCUGCAUNGGAGUCAGAUCGCUUACAUUGGAUCCCCACUGGUUGUUCCUACCUGGGCCAUCUUGAAUGUUGGUGCAUCAUUACUGUUCUGGAUUUAUAUCAUCACUCCUGCGAUGUACUACAGUAACACCUGGUUCAGUGCCUACCUACCUAUCCAGAGUACAGCUGGUGCUACGGGCAAACCUUACGACGUGUCGAAACUCUUGACGCAUGACGAUAAAUUUGACCACGCUAAAUAUGCCGCGUAUUCGCAGGUGGGCAAGCUAGAUCUUACGGUCUGGGAAUGCGCUAAACAUUUGCAGGUGUACUUACCAGUGACAUAUGCCCUGUCUAAUUUUGGUUUACAAUUUGCGGCUGUCAUGGCUUUGAUUGUUUGGUUUAUCCUAGAANAAAAUGCUGCCCUGCGAAGAGGCGCUUGUACGCUUAGAUCUUGGAUCAGGUCUCCACGCAAAGACACAAAGGAAGGCAUAUACAAAGAUGUGCCUGUAUGGUGGUACGCUUUGACAGGAGUGCUUUCUCUGUUCUGUCUGAUAGUGUCUUGUGAAUACUGGCCAGUACAGUUGCGUUGGUAUGGCGUUCUUCUUGCUCUAGCCAUCUCCUCCAUUCUCUUCAUCNCCACCAUGGUGUACGCUACUGCGAACGUCAAAGUCAGCAUAGAUGCGUUAUGUCGACUAAUUGCUGGCUACGUGUUUGAAGGCCAAAUCCUAGCGAACAUCUGGUUUNUCGAUAUUGGAUAUGUUACAGGCAUCAAGGGACUUGCGUUUGCUCAAGAUCUGAAGCUCGGCAUCUACUGCAAUAUCCCACCUCGAGAUCUGUUUCUUGUACAGACAGUUGGAAUCGGCACUUCUGUUCUCACUCAGGUCGGUGUUCUGAGGUGGGCGCUCAACAACAUUCCGAAGGUCUGUCAAGUUGAUGCUCCUAACGGAUUCUCAUGCCCGUAUUCGAGAACCCAUUUCAACACCAGUCUGAUCUGGGGAGCACUUGGACCAAAUAUCUUCUUCUCCAGUGACUCGAUCUACAGAUCACUACUCUGGUNNUUUUUUCUCAUCGGAGCCCUCCUGCCUGUGCCGGUGUACCUCCUGAAGCGUCGCUAUCCCAACAGUCUCUGGCGAUAUUGCCAUGUCCCGCUCUUCUUUGGAGCUCUGAACUAUCUGCCUCCUGCUACAGGUACAAAUUAUGGAAGCUGGGUCAUCGUAGGCCUCAUCUUUGGACUUCUGAUCAAGAAGCGAGCCUUUGAUUGGUGGCAAAAGUACAACUUUAUCCUCAGCGCGGCAUUAGACAGUUCGGUCGCUCUCGCGGGCGUCAUUAUAUUCUUCACAGUUUUCUAUACUGGAGCAGACAAGAGCUUCUCGUGGUGGGGUACGACUGUCUACAAGGAUACUUGUGACUGGAAAUCGUGUCCUUAUCUCAGCCUUUCCAAAGGACAGAGAUUUGAU